GGUGAGGGUCCAUGCGAGCGGACGAACAAAAACCUCUUCCAUCCUCACCUCACCAGCGCCCAGAGAAACACAGUCCAGGCUUCAGCAACUCAUCCUCAGAGCAGAGUUGCUGCAGAGUGAAUACAAGGCCCGGAAAUUCCCCAGUCUCUGGCUCUCCGCAGACCGCAGGGUAGGAGGAAGCUCGAGGUGGGAAGAUUUAUUUGCUCUGAUUGUUGCUCUGCAGAUCUUCCUUCUAACCUGACAAUCCGAUGAACUCGGAACCGGAGUAGUAGUUUCCAGGGAAAAGGAGUGACUGUUAGUGACAGAGUCAUGCUCGGCCAUCGAUAGCUAUAGCUUGGUACUACAUGCCAGCUAGAGGAAGCUAUUGGUGAGAAGAAUCAAUCCAUUUCAUUGAUUGUGUUGCUGCUGUACUUGACAAUAAAGUUUUUUUUAUCACUGUCUGCUCUUGAGUUCAGUUGGGUGUAUUCCAAGUUCUUGCAGAUUUGUACCCCCCCUGUCCUGUCCUGAGUCCUGACAGGAGCGGCAUAGAUGGCCGACCCGGUGGCCGGCGUGGAGAAGAUCGUGAAGCUUGGACUCGCGAUCAAGGAUGCGGUGGACACGGCUCGCCACAACGAGGAGUGCCACGAGAUCAGAAAGAGGGUGCUAAGGUUCAGCGAUAUCCUGUCGCAUCUGCAGCAGACAGGGAUGAUUAACGACAGCCCGGCGAUGAGCGGCGCGCUAGAGGACCUGGAGGAGAGCCUCCAUCAAGGCCUCGAGCUCGUCAUGGCCUGCCAGGAGAGGAGCACCAUCCGCCGCCUCAUCUCGGCAGGGGACCUGUCCAAGCAGCUGCGCCGGGUGAAAGAGGACAUCCUGAACAAAGUGAUGCUCGCGUCCUUCGCUAUCAAUGCCCACACAACCAUCGUCUUGCAUACAAUCCAGGCUGGUGGUCAUCCUCCGCUCCGGCUGCCAGAGGAUACAGGAAUGGCAGAGACAUCACGUAACAGUCAUUCAAUAAAUGAUGCCAGGAGAAACAAUGUACCAGCAGGAAGCAAAGCACCCUUUCCACCCUUACUAGGAUUGAGAAAGUUCAAGUUAUCUGAGUUGGAGGCUGCUACAAGUAACUUUUCGCAUGACAACAUCAUUGGCCAAGGUGGUCAUUCUAUUGUCUUCAAGGGUGUAUUAAACGACGGAUACAUGGUCGCAAUCAAGAAAAUCUUAGAUCCAGAUAAAUUUAAUUGGGCGCACACUUUAGAUACUCAUCUUCUUGUUUCAAAGCUUCAGCACAAAAAUAUAGUAAAAAUUCUGGGAUAUGUCAACCAUGAAGUCCGAACUACACCAUUUCCGUGGUUUUUCAAACGCAGAGAAGGUCGAGUUAUAAAAACAGAAUAUUUUUUGGUUGAAGAAUAUGCAACGAACAGAAGCUUGCACAACAUUAUCAUUGGGUUUGGACUUCGUUGGUCCUCACUUUUCCAGAUAAUUGAGGGGGUAGCCCAGGGCAUGCACUGCCUACAUGAGCAAGGCAUUGUCCAUUUGGAUCUGAAACCAGGCAACGUCCUCUUGGAUUCUGAUAUGAAUCCAAAGAUUAUUGAUUUUGGAAUAUCUGAAGUGUUGCGUGACAACAUGAUCUAUACCCGUGUCGAUGGUGUAAGAGGCACAUUGGGAUAUAUAGCUCCAGAACACAUGGCAGACGGCACUGUGUCAACGAAGAACGAUGUGUACGCCUUUGGCAUGACCCUCGUUGAGACUAUUGGCAGUAUCCUCAAAUCGAAACCACCUAGAGAUGAAUACCCCUUAGAUGGAUGGGCUUGGGAUGCUCGGGAAUAUGGUACGAUGGACGAGUUAUUUGAUCCGACACUGUAUAAUAAUGAUGAGUCUCAGCUAAUGGAGAUCAAGAGAUGCGUGGAGGUAGCACUUCUGUGCACUCAGUGUGAUCGAGCAGACCGGCCCCCCAUGGAGGAUGUUCUUCAGAUGCUACGUGGCCUGAAAGAGUUGCCGACCCCAAAGAAACCAACUUAUAUAUUACGUCCUUUUACAAAACAAACUGUAGUGAAUUUUGGACUCAACGCCAUCUAUACUGAGAGACGUGCCAUUGAGUCCUAGAUGAGCAUUUUCUUUUAGAUUAAGGAAAAACAUCCGGCCUUUAUUAAUUUACAUCCACAAGUGAAUGCUGACAGCCAAGUCCUAGAUGAACAUUAGUUUGCCCUUAGCUUGUAAGGUACUUGGGUCGACAUAAAAAAAAUGAUGGGACGGCGAGGAUGAGGAGAAUGAUCAGACGUGGAGAGUUGCAGGUGAGACAUUUGCUCACCUUUCUACCAGGAAGACCUCCACUGGGUAGACAUAUCAUGGGUGUAUCUUAUCUUCAUCUCUAAAUCGAACUACUCCAUCUGUAUUUAUGGACAUAGCAGAUAUGAACUCUUGUUGUGUAUUUGGACAUAGCAGUGUGAAUGAGAUUAUUUUUUGAACUUUGCUAUGUGCCAUAUGCACGUAACUAGGAUUUAAGACAGUUGUGAUU